UAUUUCUUUCCGCACUGAUCCAAAGGAACUCCGAUGCCGUGGGAAAGUGUCGGUUCGAAAUUAACUCCGGAUGAUCGGUGCGGACCCGUUGUACCGUUCGUUUGCCACUCGCGUGUCUCAUCAUUGGUCGUUCCGACGCAGGUUGUCAUAGAAACGCGUCUCCUGCUGUCCUGCGCAUUCGGCUGCUGUCUUUAGUCGCGGAGUGAAGCUAGCUGUCAACAUGAGUGACAUGGAUUCUGAGUGUGAUGAUGUUUUUUCGGAGGAUUCGAAGGGAUACGAAUUAACGGAGGGAUCUAAAAGCCCACCCUCAAAUGAUGACGAUGGACAACACAUAAUGAAUCGGAAAAGGCGAAGAGGAAUCAUUGAAAAGAGGAGACGAGACAGAAUAAAUAAUUCACUGUCGGAGCUACGGAGGUUAGUCCCUGCUGCUUUCGAGAAACAGGGUUCUGCCAAGCUUGAAAAAGCUGAAAUUCUGCAAAUGACCGUGGAUCAUUUAAGGUUUAUGCAUUCCAAAGGUAUGGAUGUAUUCAAUUUUGAUCCUCAUAGCUUCGUUAUGGACUAUCAUGGCAUCGGUUUCAGGGAGUGUGCUUCUGAAGUGGCGCGGUACCUCGUCGGCUUCGAAGGACUCGAUCUUCAGGACCCUUUGAGGUUGAGGCUGAUGAGCCACCUACAGUGCUUUUCCGCCCAAAGAGACAUGGCUCUAAAUUCUUCACCGCAUCCGAGCCCUUCACCGAAUCCAUGGUUCUCAGCCCUUCCUGCCAUGCCAACUCCGCAGUACCCCUCAUUCCAAGGUGCCAGAAAUAGUCCCAGGGACCUAUCCAUGUACAGCAGCAGCAGUGCCAGUGGUAGUGAUAGAAGACCAAGCAGUGCCAGCAGCGCAAUGUCCACCGAAAGUACCAGCAAGAUGUCACCAUCCAGAAUAAGAUCUCAAUUGCCAAUCAGUCCUGUAGCUCUGAAUGCUUCCAGUCUAAUUGGUAAUUUCGGACGAGCUUCGAUGCUAUUACCAGAAAGUCCAGCUCAGAGAUCGCCAGUAAAGCCGUAUAGACCAUGGGGAACAGAGAUGGCCUACUGAUAUUUAUAGACACUUAAAUCAUUCAAUAUUGUAAUGAAUGUAGCAGUGUGAAUAGACUUGUGUCUCCCGGUGUCGUUAUUCGAAGAUAUAAUUUGUUAUCGUUUGGAAAAGGAUAGAGCAAAGCUAAAUAUUCGAAUUAUCUAUCUCAGGAUUUUCAAAUUUUCUUUCUCAGGGCACAACCCCAAAUGAACUUACAAAACCUUUAACAUGAUCUUUUUCAGUUCAGAUAAUUAUACAUUUGUAACCAAAUAUGGUAGUUCCAUUUCCCCAAAUUAAAUGGACAUCUGGCCUAUCCAGAUAUUUUAAAUUCGGAUAAUUGAUAAGGGAUUAUCAGUAAUUAAAUAAAAAGGAAGGCGUCAGAAAUUUAAAAAGAUAUUAACUUUAGUUCAUAAAAUUAAUUUUAAGAAUUAUAAGGUGCAAAGAGAUGUAAAUAGCGAAUGAUUUGCAUAAAAGUUGAACAAAUUAAAUCACACAUAAGAAUUGACUUCAUACAUAUUAUACAAAUGCAUUAAAAUUAUUCGUAAUGAUUUUAUUAUAUAAUGUUGCCUUAUUUUAAAUUCUUCCCCUUCCAAAAAUUGAUUUGGAAUAUUAGAGAUUCGUGUUUAAUUGACUUCAGAUAUUUGAAAUUUUACUGAAUUAACUUCCAUUAUUUUACUGAAGUUUUGAAAUAAUAAUUUUAACAGGAUUUAGUUUUUGUUAUGAUUAAGUAAUGUUUAAACUUUGGGGUCGUAGCAUUACCCAUCAGAUAGAACUGGGGCUUGGUUUAUCUAUGCCAUAACUUUUGAAAUUUUUGCAAUAGUUUGAAAAAGCUGUUAUCUUCAAAUUUAUAAAAUAGAUUACAGUAGUUAUUUGAUAUAUAACAGAUAAUUCAAAUUUACUUAUAUUUAUUAUGUUUCUGUGGAAAAAAUUGAUGUAAUAACUAAAAAUGUCUUGACAAUGUAUAAAAAUUGUAAAUCCUUUCUUGAUAUUUUGAUUGUACUGUACUCUUUACAGAUAAGUUAUAAUUAAGAAUCAUUUUGUAGCUUGUAGAAAAAAUAAGGAUAUUCCCAUGGCAUCAGUAAUGAAGAUAUUUAAGUGGGAGAAGACGAGGUGAAUUCUUCAGAAAAACGACAAGGUUUUUCUUAAGAAUAUAAUAAUAUUCUAUGUCUAAUAAAUCUCAUCAACCAUAUCUCUACUCAUUGUGUAGCAGUCCUGUGAUAUUCAGUUAUAUUUCUACUUUUUCUUGCUCUGAAGAAACUGUUAAUUUAAAUAUAGGCAGCCUUGUAAGAUAAUUUAUAAACAUUAUCAUAAGUGCCUUCUAUACAAAGUUGUUAUAAAAUAUCAUAAAGGUAGCUUGUUAAAGUGAUUUCAGUGAGCCAGUAGAUUGUUUUUGUAUAGUUUAAUUUGGCGAUUUAUAAAGUUCAAUUAUUGAUGAGGAACUUGCCAUGUUUCCGUAACUGACAAGCUGCGAAUAUAAUAAGGUUUUUUAUAUAUAAAAUUAUACUGUAUAUUACAUUAUGAUUGUUAUUUCCUUUUAGAAUUAUAAUACAAUCCCAUAAACACUAAAUGAUAAAUUUAAUCUCCCCCCCUUUUUUUUUUAAUAAAAUUAUUCAAGUUAAACAAACUUGAUUAAAAUUAUAUGGGGAUAAUUUUAAUAAGGUUUCUUCAACCUUCCCCCAUAUUGUUAUUUUGAGGAAAUCAUUCUUUAUGUUAGAGAAGCAGCAAUAAAAGUAAGUUAUUCAUUAAUUUUCUUUUAAAAACCAAUUUGUGCAAAAUUCUUUCCUAUAGAGGAACAGGGCCUUUUUUUAAGUACCUUGAACAAUGGAAUGUGUGUAUUAUUACUGUUAUGACAAAGUAAUUUUUAUAGUUUUAGGAAAUGUUCACGAUAAUAAAUAAUUGAAUGAAAUUUGCGAGCAUAUGAGAUGUAUUCCUCAUGCCAACUUGUGCCUUAAAUGAGGUCUUCUUAAAUUGUAAAUACCUCAAUAUUAUUAUCACUCAUAUGUGAGCAUCAUCUGCUUUUACCAAAUUCUUUUAUGUUUUUACCCUAAUUAAUUAAAAAAAACUUAACAUUUAAUUUAAUUGAAAUUUCUGUUGCAACUUUUUAAAAUUGAAUUUUUUGUAAUAUGAAAAAAUAAUUAUAUUUGCCUAUCUUGGUAGCUCCAGGCCCAAUCUACCUUUUAGAGAUCUUUGAAUGAUUUUUAUGCCAUGCAAUUUACAAAUAAUAGUCAAACUAUUAUUUGUAAAUUUAAAUUAAAUUAAAUUUAAUAUCUAUUAACAUUAUCAUAUUAAUAUUUAUUAAAAAGAUAUUUAAGUUGUAAAAAUGUUUAAUUUCCUUAUAAAUAAAAUACUUGGAACACUUUCGAAAUUGACUUAUCUUUAGACCAAGAGUCAAACUGACUCUCUGUUUCUAUUGAUGGGUCACAGAAAGGUAUUUCUACGCCUGGGUUGAUUGGUCUUUUAUUUUCUUAUUUACGUUGAUUUUUUGGACCAAAAAUAGAUUGCGAUAAAAUUUCCAGGCUAUAAAUGGAUUGCAAGGAAAAAAUUUAAGUAGCCCUGUGUUUUAUUUUUUCUGAAGUUGAUAUGCAACUUUUCAUUAUGUACGUGUGAAUAUUCAUUAUAUGACUUUGUAACUACAGAAUAAUAAUUAAUUUAUUGUUGUACAUAGGAGAGAUAAGUCUUAUUUUCUUCAGGACGUAUUUUUUAUAUGAGUAUGUUGUGCAAAGAAUGAUCUCAUUGAAAAUUAUUGCUAAACUGAUAUUAAUGUAUGUUAUACUUUAUAAUAAAUGUACAUUUUCUUUUUUGUAA